AUGGUUCCCUCCCUUCAGAGAGUAGAUUUAGUAAAAGCCGUCACCUCUGAACAGGAGUUCCCAUCCAAAGCAAUGCAUGGUGGCAUUCUCCAUUGGAGGGACUGCCGAAACAUGUGGUCCACCUAUCUUUCCGUUGCACCGUCGUUCAGGCAAGAGUAUCGCCGUGCAGAAACAUUCAGGAUGGCCUACUGGAAUGCCAGUUUAACAGUCAUCGAGGUUUUCAGUACACCAAAAAGGUCGGUGAGCAACACCGUAGAGGAGGCGUUCAGGUGA